GUGAUGUGGCCUGCAGGAGCAUCAGCAUCACUCAACAAUUGCAAACGAAGAUCCAGAAAAUUACUCACCAAGAAGAAAAUUGGCACGCCAACUACGUAUGCCAGAGCAAGCAAGAACUUUAGUAGAUUGGAGCGACGAGAGUUGUUCUAGUAGAAGCACUCUGGUUCUUUGAUUCACACAGGACCUCAAACUUCCUAUAACUUCCUCAAGAUUUCCCCCUGAUGAACUAUCUCCACACCCUAGCUACCCCUAGAUUUUUACCCCAUGAAAGUUGUUUCGCUCCUCUAUCAUGAUGUCCUUACGUAGUGAAAAUUAUAUUCACGGAGUUUAUUUGAAACGAGUCAAAGAAGUUCGCUUUAUCAAUUUGUAUCUGAGAAAAAACAAAAAGACAUCUUCCUUCGCUUCCACCUAGUCUCACUUUCAAGACAAAUAUACAUUGAACCUUCUUGGUGCAGCUGGUGGACCUGGACAAGAUGUGGCCGUUUCGCAGGGGAAACAAGGAGGACGGUGGGGGGAAGAAGGCGUGGAAGGCCAUAUGGAUUGCAAAAGUGUCUGGGUCUGGAAGAUUGCAACUUGUCGUGCUAAAUCCGAAUCAUGCAAAAAUCUGUGUUGCAUGAUUACCAAAAGAGGUCCACUUUUGAACAAGUUUAAAGGCAGUUUCUCAUGCAGAAUAGGCAUAAAAGAGACCUCACAGCCUCUGUCAUGCUAGGUCCCGCAUUCCAAACCUCAAGGGUCAUGGAAAACCUGCAUGACUGCCCCCUUCAUCCUAAGUGCCAUCAGCCAUGGUAUCUGGAAAACCUGCAUGACAAGUUCACAUUCUUCCAGACCCAGACAUUUUUACAUUUGAUAGGCCAAGCUGGACGACAAUCCAAUGACCAUGUACUACAACAAGGAGUUGAAAUGCUGGGUCGAAAAGGGCAAGGAGGAGGAAAUGCGAAAGAAACUGGAGCAGACCGCCGCCCCGCCGCCGACGGCUGCACAGCUAAGGGUGCCACCAGGCGGCGGUCCGCCGGGCGCGGGCAGCUCAAGAGUAGACGAUGCAAGAGACGACGAUGACGAUAUCCUGGGAAAAAUGCUCCGCGCCCCAACCCGGUCUCUGCCCGGCCGCGCCGGCGCGAGUCAGGCGAGCCGCCGAACGACACAGGGAGGCAUUGGAGGCGGCCUCAUCCCGGGGAUCCCGGGCGCGAAUCACAUCAGCAUGCCGAGCCUGAUUCCCACGCCCGGGUCCCUAUCCGCGGGAGGAUCGCAGCCGGUAUUUGAUAGUCUUUUGCUCAUGUACAUGCUUGUUUUUUUUCCCCAUUUCUCCGCUUCUCAGCUUGCUGGUACCAAGCAAGAUCGCGUUGAUGCAAAUGAAUAGCAAGAAUUAACCAAACUCCACACACAGGAUCUGCACGCGGGCAACGAUAUACUUCCCGCAGCAACCGGCGGUCCUUCAAUACCAACGCCCGUGCCUGUCCAGCCCUCGGUGUCGGACCCGACCCAAACGGCAGGAGCAGCCCGGCCCGCCGUUGGGGGUGGGCGCAGCUGGCAGGACGACGAGGACGAGGAUGAAGACCUGCUAGGCUUGAAAGUCACGAAGAAAAAGGACACGCCGCGCCUAGUCGUCACGCCGCCGGUCACGCACGCAGAACCACGUGCACAAGAGCAAGGGCUCGCUCCGCCGCUAGAAACGACUUCUGCAGCUGCAACUUCACAAUCACACGAAGUAAAUCAGUACAAGCCUGCAGCUUUGCCGCCCACGGUGUCCCCCAGUCCAUCGGAGCAAGAAAUGCAGACCAACAAUGCGGACCCAUUCGGCUCCUUUGGCGGGCAAAGUCCCAGCGGUGGAAAGACCGCGGGAGAACAAACUCCUCCUGGAUACGAGGCCUACACCGCUGGUGCAGCAGCUUCUUCGUUCGCAGAUUCAUCGCAACAAGAACAGGGUCACGUGUUACCCGCAGCGGGGCACUUUCCACCACAGCCUGUGAUGAAUGACCUGUUCGAUCCACCGGCGCCAACCGUAGGUGUCACGACAUCAUACGACGGCAACAUACCACAAACUGCUGAACAAGUUCCAACUUCCCAGUUCCGGCCUCCACCGCGUGACCACCGCGACGAUCUGCAAUCAGCACCUGACGCAUUGCAGGAUCCACCAGCACAGCGAUCUUCUUAUGAGGAAGGCUAUGAAAACCUGCAGGAGCAUUCAGAACAGGUUGCGGGGCGGGCGGAACAGCUGGAGCCGAUAACAUUUGGACCACCUCCUGCGCAGUCAACUACGGAAGGUGAAGAGGAGGACGGGGAUCCUCUUGAGCACGACCAGACUGCUGCAGCCCCCGUACAAGGAGAGCAAAUUAUACAAGACGACCCACACGACUCUGACUCAGCACGACCAAGCGAGGCGGCGUUUUCCGCGAGACGAGUUCCGCCCCCCGACGGCUAUGCCUCCUCCAGCACCUCCGGGGCAGCAAAGUCAAAAUCUCGAUCACCAGCAGAGAUGAAGCCCUCGGACAUCGAGCUAACGCAGGACGGCGAGAAUUUUUUGGCUGAUGUCGGCGAUGACGAGAUCGAUAAGUACACCGUGGACGAGAACCACGAAGUGCGAUUACGCGCCGCAACGGAGCCCACGGGGGCAGCUUCUGGAUCGCACGGAGAACAAACGUCAGCACAGCAAGCGAUGCAGCAACCGAUUUCGAUCUCGGUCACAGGCCUUGAGCACCAAAUCAUACAUCCCUCGUCCAGUGGUAGCUCCUCGUCCUCUGCUCUGUUAAACAACAACGACCAGCACAACAACAUCGUUCCAAACAGGGGAGGACAGAAUGUCCUCGACUUCACCGAUCUGGACAUCACAGCGUCCAAUUACGGCUCGAAAAAGUCCACCAGUUCCAAGCUGAACCAGUUGGAAGCGAUUCCUGACGACGAACUGGAGGAAAGGGUGAAGUCCCUUCUCGCGGAGGACCGGAGUCGUGACGGCACUAUGUUGUGCAAAAGUAUCGUACUCGUACUAAUUGCAAAUGCGCAUGACAAAUCUGCCUUCUAAGGUAAAACAGCAUUACAAAUCCCAUUUUUCUUCUUGCCAAAAUUUGUAAUGCAAUUUAUACUAGUACGAUACUUUUGCAAUGCAUAGGCACCGAUCACAAACAAAAUCUGUACCAGAAGCAAAACGCACUCCACACCUACAGCAGUUCGGUGUACUACAAACCCGGAGGAGGUGGUGGAGCUACUGGUGGGUUGAACAGCGCCACCCUCGCGUCCGGCGUGAUUAAUAUAAAUAACGUCCCGGGCUCGCUCACGUUGAACCAGGACCACCUCAGCGACUUGCUCCGCGCGCCGCCAAACACCACCGAUCUGGCUUCGAUCAACUACAAUUCCAAGAAUUUACUCUCCUCAGCUUCCGGAGCGGGAAAUGCGACUUCAUCCUCAGCCGUGCUCGAGGCGGGAAGAGAUGGCGCCGUCGAAGGAGGCAUCGUCUCGAGCAAUUCCGCAGUCGUGACGAACGAAGAGCUUAUGGCUGGUAUGAUCAGCAAGAUGGGCGCCAACGUUGCCAGUGUGAACAACAUGGACGGUAUGAAACUGCUCGAAGCCUUCGACGAAGCAACCCGGAAGCUGGAAACGCUUUCGAUCUGCAGCGACCCAAUACCGGACCAGAGUCCGCUGCUGGAAUCGCCAGACAUGGACGAUGAUGAGGUAUGUUGAUUCUUGUGCCGCGUUCGUGCGUCUUAGGCGUGCUAAGUUGUUAGUAGUAAAAAUCUUCUUCUGUGACAAUGUAGUUCAAGAAGGCAUGAUAAUUGCCAUUGGCUGUAGCUCGUUUAUGUCGACGACGUCCCUUUUCGAUUCCCGGACGAGGACAACUAGUAUACGUUGUAUAACAGCCUUCCAGCAGCAGCACCACUCGAAGGAAUUUGGCUAUUUCACCUCGAAAAUAAAGUAGGAGUUUCAAUAAACGUGAUUUCAGCUCCCGCCCGACCACGACUGGUUGGCUCAGGCGGACCACCCCGACCCAGAUUUGCUCGACGACGACGCGAACGAUGGGUAUUCCGACGGGGACUCGGUCCUGUCCGAAGCGGAGUACCUCGGCCAGGAGCAAACCGACCCGCGGCAGUAUUUGAAUUCGGUAGACCUGCAGGAGCUGCAGCGCGCGCUGAAGAAGGCCUGCCAGCUCCUGCACAAGAAGGACGCGCAAAUCCUCGAACUCCAAACGUACACGAAGCAACUCUGCGAGAAGUUUGAGAAGCAGCAGCAGGACGUGAUGAGCCUGCUAGAGAAAAACGUGGAAAAGGAGCGAAACUUGCUACAGCAAGUUCAGGAGCAGGAGCAAAAGUUUCGGGACCGCGUGCAAAAAUUCCAGGCGGAAGCCGCGGAGCUGCGGAAGGAGCUCUACGUCCACGACGAAGCAGCCUACAAGGACGACGCUGCACUGCUCUCCGGAAUCGAGAAAAGCUCCGCCUCUGGCUCGGGAAUGGAAGACGAUGAUCAGCUUGUUGCGGAUGGGGAGGAAAGAAAAGACGAGACGAGGAGAGCAGGGGCCGUUACUAGUCAGGUACGUGAGAACUUCAUCUUUUUUUCGUCGUAGCAUGAGCAUGACAGUGCGCAGCACCAGCUGCGUCCUAGGUACACUCGCCAGAAAGGAUUUUUUCGCCGAAGAUUUGCGCUCCCUCUCCUUUUCGAAAACAAAAUCAAAACUGUACUCUCAAUGCUCCUCCUCGACGUCAUGAUCGAAUUGUUGAGCUGCAAGAUAUGCUAUACUGUGUGACACUAACCUCUCAACCGAACAGACCGACGCUCCACCUUCGUUAUCAACAAACGCCGUUCAAUUGUCCGCCAAGGAACAGGAGCAGUUGGAUCGCUUACUCUUGUUCGUCAGCAAGGCCAAUCUGCAAGAGGCCAAGAAACUGCACCGCACGGUAGACCUGCUGUCCUGUUACGGGGACAAACUCGGAUUCGAACCGCUGGUGCUACAGAUCCUCACCUCCUGGUGCCAAUUCGUCGGGCCGUUCAGAAAAAUGAAAGCCUUCUUCGUGGACUUUGGCUGCGUCGAAGCGUGUUGGGAAACCAUGGACAAGUUCAGGUACUACACAAUAAACAUUCUGAUUUUGUCCAUGACCAUGACAAUGACAAGACCAAGAGCUCUGGACAUGAUAUUUUUCUGCCCGUACUUUUCAAGCGUUGCGGCUACGCUGCCGAAGACUCUUGUUUGCCACCAACUUUUAAACGCUAAGAUCCACUCAACACCUACUCUGUUGUUUUCUCAGGUCCAACACUUUGAUUGUCGGUCUUUGUCUGGAAGUUCUGUGGCAUUUGAGCUAUGGUCAGGAGGGACAAGCCCGGUUUCCGACGCAGCCCGUGGAGCGGUUACUGCAGAUAGGGUUUCGCUACGUUGUUGACAAAGAGGUAAACAAAGAGCAGGCGCCAGGGCAGGCACCGUCACAAGACACUGAGAAGAUCCACCAAGUAGACGAGACGGCUACGCAACACGCUACCUCCCCGCAGAUCGAUGCUGCCGAUCUCGCGCGCAUCUGCAAGGCCGUUGUUGGCACCCUGGCGAACCUCCUGCAGGCCGGCGACAUGGCUCUACUGUCGACGUUUUUGGAACACGGAGGGAUUUCGUUUCUCGAAAAAGUACUACAGCUGAUCAAGGCUGCGGACUUCCUGCGUGCGGGGGGACACCAUGGGAAGAGCAAAGUCAUCGCCGAACAGGUUCAGACGAUCACCCAGAGCGCGUUCCACUGUCUCUACCUGGUCUCAUUACCAGUGCAGCUCCGGCUCCUCGUCAUACAGCAGAACGGGCCCUCGCUGGUGCAAGGCAGAGCCGAAAAGUGGGCUUCGUGGUGCGCCGAGCUUUACCGGGCGACGACAAGAAGUGUAUAGGAUCUUCGAAGUACGCAGCUCAUCUUCCGGCCGACGACGAGAAGCAGAUCGACCCGGCGUACACGAGUUGAGGCAUUGUCGUCGGUCAUGUUUGAAUACUUACGGCGACAAAACAGUGCUCGUCCAGCGCCGCUGGUGCCUUCGAGCACGACCACCGGCGCGGCUGUUCAUUUUAAUCAGCCCGAAUGAACACGAAAAGGACUUUUCAGGGUGCUGAUGUAUUCUUGUUGAUUCAAAAUCACAAGAACAUAAACAUUGACAAACGAAAUAAACGACACUGAGAACUCUCUGAAACGAAGCGACCCUAUGGCUAUCAAGAAGUUGUCAGAUUUCUCGCUGCUCGUUGUAGCGAAGUGGUUGUAUCAAAUAUCACGACGAAAUCGACGCUUGUUUCGACAUGUUGAAGCACAACUAUGAAAGUACCCAUGUUUAUGCUUUUUUUUCGCUCGGCCUCGGUCAGACGACAACGAACUAGCUACCGGCCGUUCCUCAUCUAAAGGUAAAGAUAGACAACAUUCCGUACUCUCCCGGUUUUCAUGUUCGGUUUUGCUUUAUGAC